AUGUCAACCCCAAAACGCCCCUCUUCUUCCUCCCCUUCCCAUGAGAGUAAGAUUAAACGACUACGUCCCUCCUCGCCGAUUCCAACCAGCCAACCACCUUCUGUCCACGCAUGGCUUCACCCGGAUCUGUCCCCUCCCCUCAUGGCUCAUUCCCCUGCUUUACACGAAGCGAACUCUACCUUUGUGGCAUUUACUCUCUCAUUGAUCCCUCCUCCUCAUAUCACCACCGAGACUUCUCUAGUCAAAGAAGCUAAACGUAUGGUGCGUGAUUUGGAUGUGGUGGGACAGAUGGGAUCCGCUCUGUUGGAACAAGUCGAAGGCGCGUUUCAAAACGGCGAGGGAAAAGCACCGGGGAGUCGGAAAGGUAAAGAGAGAGCGAGAGAACCAGAUCAUCGUAUGUGGGCAGUGAGAGCUUUGUGCUUGAAAGAAGGGAGAAAUGGGACUGGAGGGGAAGAUGAUUAUCAACUGCUAGAGACAUUUAAUGACGACGGAGAGAAGUUUGGUGGGGAGAGGGUUUUACGUGUAUUGAGGGAAAACAAAGGUGUCGAUGUACUCACUGUCUGUUGCCGAUGGUUUGGAGGUGACAUGAUCGGUCCUGUCCGCUUUCAACACAUAGGAACCACCUCACAUACCUCUCUUAUCUCUUUGCUGAAGCUUGUGACCCUUGGCGAUCUACGUACAACCUUGGAAACUCUCGAUGAGGAUAUCGCGUCUAUGCGGAAGACUCUAAAGGCCAGUGGAGCGUCUCGCGUGGUGCUUGAGAACGGCAGCCAAACUUCGCCACGUCUUGGGGAGAAGGGGAAGUACGACGAUAUUGAGGAUGCUGUAAGAUUGGAAAGACUUGUCAGUGCAAGAGAAAAGACUCGGGCUAGUCUAGAGGGACGAACAAGUUGGGUGGGUUUGGAACAGACACGAGCAGAAAAAGCAUUAGCAAGAAACGAUUCAUGA